CCUGAGCCGAUGGAGAUGCAAAGAGACAGCAGGGCGUUUGGCGUUGCGCGCACCAGCCAAAAGUUGAGGAGGGCUGCGGGAAACACAAAGGACAAGCUGGUGCCAAGGAGCAGCAGCCCCGUCGGCGGGUACGUUGAGUUCCCGUGCGUCAUUGAGCAAGCUUUUUCAACAAUCGCGUGGGAUGAUUUGGAGGACUGUGCGUCUGCGGUGAGACGGGAGAGCGACUCCCUCGGCUCUCAGGUGAACGACUCUGAUGUAGAUGACCAAGACUUUGGAGAUUACGGGCUGGAUUUCAUGGCAGAUUCUCCGGCCACUCUGGAGAGCAGUCUGUCUCCAGCUGAGCUGGUUUCAUUCCAGGGAUGCAUCCUACCCCUCCUCACCCCUCAGCGGUGCUUCUCUUCAGAAACUGGUCUGGUUUGCUCUUUAGCAGGCGACCCAUCUGCCCAAGACGGAGCUCCCUGGGUGGGCAUCGCUCAGUUCCAGGGCAGGGCGUUGGGAGAUUCCAUGGAAGUCAACAAUCAGCUCCACGAGACUCUCCGGCAACAGCAGGAAGAGAUCAACUCCCUCCAGGAGCAGAACCUUCCCCUCAGGCAGCUGGCCAGCCGUGCAAAGCACCUGGCCUCGGUGCUCGAGAAACUGAUGACGGACAGAGGACCACAGGCAAGGGAGCCAGUGACACCCUGGGGCGACCAAACGUCCCUGGGUCCCUGCAAGCGGCAGCGGCUCGAUGAAGGGUACGAAACGGAGCCCUCCGACUCAGUGGAGGACAUGCUGAGGGACAUCAGCACGCGAUGCAACGCUGUCCUGCACGGCGCCAAUGCCGGGGAUAGACCGCCGCGGGAGCCAGAGACCAUACGCAUGCACGGCGCAUUCUCCGGCCUGCAGAUGUCUGCUGCUUCCGGCAGCUCGGUGGCACACGGAGCAGGAGCCGCCGAGAGUGUCUCGUCCUUCCGGACGUCCGUCCGAGAGCACUGCACCAUGAGGACUCGGGUGUUUCCUCACGGACGGGCCUUCACCUCCACGACUUCGCAAGGGGGGUACCGCUUCCGCUGGGUUCCCGACCACAGCUGA